CGCCGGGCAUCGCCCCGCCGGCGAGGAGCGGCGUGCCGGGCACUGGUACCCAGCCUGGAAACUGCUCCUCCCUCGCUUCGGAAAUUGCAGGCGGCUUUUCUAAACAUUCACACAGAACCCCCAAAGAAAACCCCUCAUGGCGGUGAGCAGCGCAGAUCAGCUAAACGCGAUAAAGCAGAUGCUUUUCUACUCUCAAAGUUGGUGCAUGUGCGGUUUUGGCCUCUGAUUGAUAUACUUUUAUUGUUCUGCAAUCAACUUUUCAACAUUCCGGAUCUGAUGUGGGUGCUGGUGCCAGAAGAAAAGGAUGAUUGAUGGGAAACAGACACCAGCCUAUAGAGACUCACCUUCUUCCUUCGGAUACUGAUUUAUCAGUGUGUCCAGGCAUCCCCUGCAAGCCCUGACACAGAGGAUCACUCAGGGUUAUCGACAGCGUAGCAGAAGACCUGCAACUUCACAAAUUAUUAUCUGCUGUUGGACAUUUUUUACAAGAAGCCCUGACAGAUAAGUUAUAAGACGAAGGACAAGCGCUGCAUGGCUGUGAAAGGCUGUCAUCAGGGCCUGGGUGGCUUCUACCAAAGUCUUUAAACAUAGUGAAAAAAACAUCCUAUCCUAAUGCUUCACGUUUGAAUUGGAACCUGUUUUAUAAAUAUAUACAUAUAUAUGUACAUAUAAUCUCUAGACUGCACGUACGUCAGCGCUGAGCAUCCUUACGAAGCUGACAUCAAAGGAUUUAGAAAUGUAUUUGUCAAGAUUCCUGUCACUUCAUGCCCUCUGGGUUACUGUAUCCUCCGUGAUGCAGCACUACCCUUCUGUGUGGGGACACUAUGACGUGUGUAAGACUCAGAUUUACACAGAAGAAGGAAAAGUAUGGGAUUACAUGGCCUGCCAGCCAGAAGCCAGAGACAUGAUCAAAUAUGUAAAAGUGACUCUAGAUCCCCCAGACAUAACAUGUGGAGAUCCUCCUGAGACUUUCUGUGCAAUGGGGAAUCCCUACAUGUGCAAUAAUGAAUGUGAUGCGAGUACCCAAGAACUGGCUCAUCCUCCAGAGCUGAUGUUCGAUCUGGAAGGAAGACAUCCCUCCACAUUUUGGCAGUCCACAACUUGGAAGGACUAUCCGAAGCCUCUUCAUGUUAACAUUACACUCUCCUGGAACAAAACCAUUGAGCUUACAGAUAACAUAGUCAUCACCUUUGAAUCUGGCCGUCCCGACCAAAUGAUCCUGGAGAAAUCACUCGACUAUGGACGAACGUGGCAGCCCUACCAGUACUAUGCCACAGACUGCUUAGAUGCUUUUCACAUGGAUCCAAAAUCAGUGAGGGAUUUAUCACAGCACACAGUCCUAGAAAUCAUUUGCACAGAGGAAUACUCUACCGGGUACAUGACAAAUAGUAAAAUAAUCCACUUCGAAAUCAAAGAUAGAUUUGCUUUUUUUGCUGGACCUCGGCUUCAUAACAUGGCUUCUCUUUAUGGCCAGCUUGACACCACCAAGAAGUUAAGAGAUUUCUUUACCAUCACAGACCUGAGAAUAAGACUGCUUAGGCCAGCAACUGGUGAAAUAUAUGUAGAUGAGCAACAUCUGGCACGCUACUUUUAUGCAAUUUCAGACAUAAGGGUAUAUGGAAGGUGUAAGUGCAACCUUCAUGCUACUGGCUGUAAAGAAGAAAACAAAAGACUACUUUGUGAAUGUGAGCAUAACACAACGGGCCCAGACUGUGGAAAAUGCAAGAAGAAUUAUCAGGGCCGACCAUGGAGCGCUGGUUCUUACCUGCCUAUACCUAAGGGCACUGCUAAUAUCUGUAUACCCAGUAUUUCCAGUAUUGGUAAUCCUCCAAAGUUUGAUAGGAUAUGGCCGAAUAUUUCUUCCCUUGAGGUUUCUAAACCAAACCAAGUUGCUCCCAAAUUAGCUAUGUCAACUGUUUCUUCUGUUCAAGUUGCAAACCACAAGAGAGACUGUGAAUGCUUCGGGCACUCCAACCGGUGCAGUUACAUCGAGCUGCUCAAUACGGUCAUUUGCGUGAGCUGUAAGCACAACACUAGAGGUCAGCACUGCGAGUUAUGCAGGCUGGGCUACUUCAGAAAUGCUUCUGCAGAGCUGGACGAUGAAAAUGUGUGCAUAGACUGUUAUUGUAACCCUUUUGGUUCAGUCCAUGAUCGCUGUAAUGACAGAGGAUUUUGUGAGUGUAAGGAGGGAACAUCAGGGCCUAAAUGUGAUAAAUGUCUGCCGGGAUAUAUCUGGCACAGCUUGGGCUGUCAACCAAACGUGUGUGACAACGAGCUCCUGCACUGCCAGAACGGGGGAACGUGCAUCAACAACGUGCGCUGCCAGUGCCCGCCGGCCUACACAGGCAUCCUGUGCGAGAAGCUGCGGUGCGAGCGCGACCCGGGCGGCUGCAGCCGCAGCUCGGGCCAGGGGCUGGCAGCCCUGGGGCCCGGCCUGCUGCUGCUGCCCACCCUGCUCAUGGGCUGGGCACUCUGCAGCUGCUGAGGCCUGGGGCCCACCCUGCUCAUGGGCUGGGCACUCUGCAGCUGCUGAGGCCCCGGGACCCACCCUGCUCAUGGCCAGGGGCCCGCCCUGCUCACGGUCUGGGCGCUCUGUAGCUGCUGAGGCUCUGCCCGGCCAUGCCGCGCUUGGACUGAACACAGCAAUGGGCCGCAGGGAACGGGACACAACCCAGGCUGCACCACUGGAAUCCCAAAGGGAAAAAAGAAUAAAAAUAACCACACACAAACUAGGAAGGCCGAACUGAACUAAGCCAUAUCACUCGGUCACGGACAGGGCUGCGAGUCCGACUGUUCAGCUGUGACUCGAGGCGCGUUGGCAGCGGCCUGUUCUGUCCGAUCAACCAGCGCUGGCUGCAGGACUGACACGGCUUCCACAGCCCCAGAAUGGGAAAAGAAUCCCAACAACAUCCGCUACUCCUCUCUGGUGCGCUACUGUACCUCCGCCCAGCGUGUGGACUGACCAAACCAAGGCAUUCUUUGCUGUCAGUGCAUUGUGGGUAUAAGGAAAUCUGUAAAAGCUGCCAUAUUGGCCUGCUUCAGCCCCCAAAUCCUUUCCAACCUGUGCUUUAGUGAACGUUGCUCUGUAACCCUUGUUGGUUGAAAGAUUUCUUUGUCUGAUGUUAGUGAUGCACAUGUGUAACAGCCCCCUCAAUAAAACUCAAGCCAGUCAUAUCCUUGUAUACCUUAGCAGCACUGCAUCAGUAAGAUGCUGUGUUCACCUACUGUACAAGAGUGGCUAUAGGACAAAAAGUGUAUUUAUCCUUUUGUAUUCAAAUGAAGUUAUUUUUCUUGAAAUAAUGUACAAUGUAGAUUUUUUGUAUUAUUGCCUAUUUGUGUUACCAGACAAUUUAUUAAUGUAUUUAAUUCUAAUCAGGUAAGAGAAAAUUACUUUUUAUUUAGUCCUUUUCUUUUUUCUUUCAUUUAAUUGUGCAGAGAUUUCUCUGUAUGGGCAACGUGCUGGCAUCAAAGAAUAUCAGUUUACAUAUAUAACAAGUGUAAUAAGAUUCCACCAAAGGACAUUAUAAAUGUUUUCUUGUUGCUUUAACACUGGAAGAUUUCAAAGAAUAAAAAUUCCUGCAUAAACA